UGUUCUAGAAAUGCGGAAGAAAUCCAGAAGUUUUUAGAAUGAUAUCAAACCGGAAAGAAUGAAGGGAAUGAGAACAGAAUAUUCUGGAACGUCCCAUACUAUCCUUUCACUUCGUAUAAAUAUUAUUGGAUCAGUUCCUCAGACACCAUCAUCAAACAAAAAGAGAGUUACCUGAGUACGAUCACGCUACAGCCUGUGUGAAGAUUCAAAUCUCUGCCCAAGUAUUAUAAUCGUAAGAAUGUCGCUAAUUCCAAGUUUGUUCGGUGGACGAAGGAGCAACGUCUAUGAUCCAUUCUCUCUGGAUGUGUGGGAUCCCUUCAAGGAUUUUCCUUUCCCUGAAUCUGGUCGAGAAAAUUCUGCAUUUGUGAGCACACGUGUGGACUGGAAGGAGACGCCAGAGGCACACGUGUUCAAGGCUGAGAUUCCAGGACUGAAGAAGGAGGAAGUGAAGGUUGAGAUAGAAGAUGAUAAGGUUCUUCAGAUAAGCGGUGAGAGAAACGUUGAGAAGGAAGAUAAGAACGAUACGUGGCAUCGUGUGGAGCGUAGCAGUGGGAAGUUCUUGAGGAGGUUCAGAUUGCCUGAGAAUGCAAAAAUGGAUGAAGUGAAGGCUUCUAUGGAGAAUGGUGUUCUUACUGUUACUGUUCCCAAGGAAGAUGUUAAGAAGUCUGAAGUCAAGGCCAUUCAAAUUUCUGGUUAAGCUUAAUUAGUUACUUCCUUCAAAAUCAGUGUUAUGUUUUGUAUGGAUUUUGGGUGUGAUUGAUGUUACAGAAAGAUGGUGUAAAAUACAAGUAAUGGUUGCUGAGGAAUAAAAUUUCAUUUUGAUAA